AUGACCGACAUCUACAUCCCGCCGGAGGGUCUCUACUUCCGCCUCCUUGGCUUUGCCAGUCGGCAGGUGAUCUUCGCGCGCAAUUCUCCCUCUCCCGAUGUUGGUCUGUCUCCGGUCAACGACCAGGCUACCGACCAGUACUUCUCGUUCAUUUACGGCACUGGAGAACGUGCCGAUCUCUACGCGAUAAAGAGCAAAGCGACGGGGAAGGUGCUCUUCUCGCGUACCCAUAAGGAACCGUAUGUGGGCCAAAUCGAUGGCGACGGACGUUAUAACGACAACUGGUUCAAGAUUGAGCCAGGAAAGACCUAUCGCUCUAAAUAUUUCCGGCUCGUAGCGCCGUCGACUGGCACCGCGCUCGUCUCGCGCACGCAUUUGAAACCAUACUUCUGGAAUCACCCUCAGACUCAAGUCUGCGACGACCAAUACUUCACCUUCCUCUUCGAGGAUAUGAGCAUCGAUAAGAUAGAGUACGACCUCAAGGAUGGCAGAAUUCUCUCAUCGACGCCGAACGUGUUAGCGACCCAAGUUCUCGAGAAUUCAUCAUCUCAGACCCAGGAGAUGUCAUUUCAUUUCUCAGAAACGUUGACGCAGACCAGCACGUUCGAUUAUACUGCGGGCUUCACCAUCGCCGUAGGCACCGCGUUCAAAGCUGGAGUUCCGUUUUUUGCCGAGACCGAGUUCAAAGUCGACAUUUCUGUCAACAACGAGUGGAAGUGGGGCGAGGAGAACACCUUCUCCAAGACGUACGCGGCUACGUUCUCUGUCCGAGCAGGCCCUGGAGAGACCGUAAAAGCGGUUUCAACCGUGGACACCGGCACACUCAGUGUGCCAUUCACGGCUUACCUCAGCUCUAAGAGUACGGGCUUUGAGGUAACAACCGAGGGCAUCUGGCGUGGAGUCUCGAACUGGAACCUUCGCCAUGUACUGACUUCGGCAACAGCCUGAGAACCAGUGGCUCUAUCAAUGUGGCGUGUCGAUAGUCAAUGAUCGCUGUGAUGUAUUUGUAGUUCGUAGUAU